CCGCCUUAUAAAAGCCACGCAAUCCCGCAAGAAACCCUGAAUACCCCAACAAUCAUCUCAAUUGACUUCUCAUCAUCACCACUAUCUCUAUAUCCAUCAAUCUAUAUUAUAUUUCCCAUACCUCAAUCAUCAUGCCUGACUUCGGCCACAAGAUUCUCAACAAGCUGGGUCUUCACGACCACCACGACCAACAGCAGCAGCAACCCCCGCAACAGCAGCACUACGACCAGCAACAAUACGGCCAGUAUAACCAGCAACAAUACAAUCAGCAGCAGUACCAAUACAACCAACAACAAUAUGGCCAGCAGCAGCAGCCAAUGGGCUAUCCAGGCCACGGCCACCCCCGCCCCAAUAGCCACGUCCACCACGAUGAGCGCUCUCUCACCUCCCAACAAGGCGGCACCUACCCCCGUCUAGCCCGCCUCUCCGACGGCUCCCUCCUCUCCUCCUUCACUCGCUUCCCCGGCGACGGCCAACGCGCCCUCGUUGUCGCCCGCAGCACCGACGGCCACCGCUUCGAAGACAUCGGCGAAGUCACUCGCGGCACAGGCGACACCGACAACUUGUUCCUCCUAGAGGUGGCCCCCUCCGUCGUGCUGGGUGCGUUCCGCAACCACGACCACGACCCCUCGGGCCGCCCGACCCACUUCCGCAUCACGGUCUGCCGCUCGCACGACGGCGGCCACACCUGGCAGUUCGCCUCGCAGGCGGCCGAGAAAUCCGGGGGCGACGGGUUGGGAGUCUGGGAGCCGUUCAUGCGCAUGGGGGCUGGGGGCGAAGUGCAGCUCACCUACUCGCAGGAGAUGGCGCACAACAACCAGUGCACGAUGCUGGUGACGUCAACCGACCAGGGCAGCACCUGGUCGGCGCCGCAGUGCCUGCACGGGCGGGACGACAACAGGCGCGACGGGAUGAAUGGGAUUGCACGGACGCGCGACGAAGGCCGCGACGCGCUGGUCAUGGUGUUCGAGACCAACACCCAGGGCCCCAUGCAGAUCGAGGGGCUGAUCUCGUACGAUGACGGGCGGAGCUGGGGCCACCGCCAUGUUGUGUACGCGCCGCGGGACGGGCAACGGCAUAACGCGGGCGCGCCGCAGAUCGCCUCGUUCGCGAACGGGUCGCUGGCCGUCGUCUUCAUGACGGACGAGGACCAUCAGGAGGUCAACUGGACCAAGAAUGCGUGCAUCAAGGCGGUGUUUGCGCCGCCACCAGUCAAUGGGCAAAUCCAGUGGGAUCACUCCGCCACGACCAUCUGUGGCGAGUCGAGCCAUUGGCCCGGUGUGUUCGGGUUGGAUGGCCAUACCGUUUUGGCGACGUACGAGUGUCGGGGUCCGAAAGCGAGGGCUAUCUCGCUGCAUUGAAGGUUCGUAUUAUCAACACUGGCCGUUUUGCCUUAUGUUUAGGUUACGCUAGACCGCCGCUGGCUUGGUAUAUCAGGUCAGUAGUAUGAAUGUACUGGGCUCGAUGUAUCACAAAGCUCAAUCAAAGUUAAGCUUGCCACAUAAGAAGUAGGAAAGUAUGCGAGGCGGUAAAUCCAUUAUGAUGGUCGUAAAUUAGAGAAGCCAGAUCCUUGACAUCAAAAUCGUCGGAAAACUGUGCAUCGGUCUAUAGGAGUAAACAUAAAGCCACCAGUGCUCAGAGAUCGCCAUGUAGGCCCUGCAGCGACUGCGGGCCCAGCACCGGCAUGGUU